AUGGCGGAUGCCUCCUGCAGCGGUCCAUCGCCAUUCAAGCGCUUGGUUGAUCACCAAGCCCGAGAUGUCAGCCAUCACCAGGAUCGCCUGGUCGACCGAUCUGCUGGUCAGCCUCAUGGCUCCUUCCGAUCUGCUCGUCACCAAUCUCCAGGCCAAGAGGGCUUUGGCGCCUUCAUGGAUGGAACACAGUCCGCCCUUCCCGGCAUGCCUCACGACCCAGCAAACCGCUUAGCCGUUCACACAGCCGCUCUCCAACAACCAGGCGCCCCGAUGCAUCAUCCCGAACUAUCACAUCAGGCCAGGGCAUCGCCAGUGCCAGAUGUGAGCAACUGGGCCGCCGACUUCGCCCGGUUCUCCAACCAACCAAUGCGGUCUACUCCCGUCGCAGCUCCUGCACCAUCCAUGCAGAUGAAUCAACAACCAAUGCAGAUGAAUUUCCAAUCAGCCUUUGGUCAGGCAUUCGGCAGCCCCAUGUACGGCCCUGGAGCAGCCGGCUUUAUGGGUCCCCAAGCCCCUGUCGAAGCUGACUUCGACAAAGAAAUGUCCCAGUGGAUGUCAUCCCACGGUGGCAACAUGUCCGAAGUCGACGCUGUAAUGGAACAAAUGGCCCGCGAACUAGAGCUCAACGAAGCUGCUCUCCCGGUUCAAGCCGAAGCCACAUCAACAACAGAAACGCAAGAAACUGAAGCAACCUCACGGUACACAGAUCUGGAGACACCUGAGAUUAGCAACCUAUCCCUUCAAGAGAGGGCAUUAGACCAGCUCCCUGCCACAGAAGUCGAACAAAUAAUGCACGACGAAGCCGAAGCCGCAACAAAGGGCAAGUCGGCCGUAUCAGAAGCAGCAGAACGCCUUCUGGAAUCAGUACAACACGAAAACGGAGAAAAGUGGCAAAACUCCGUCUUCCUUUCCCUCAUGCGUGAUUUCCGAGAUGGCCGCAAAGACAUUGUCGAUAAUGAGAUUCGAGCAAUGGAAGGUGAGGAGCAACCGUCGGAACAGCAGCCAACAACAUGA